AUGGUAUCACUUGAUGAGCAGAGUCACAGCAGAAACGUGGCUCUCCAGGGCCCACAGCUCAGACCUAAAGAAGAUGUCAAAUUAGAGAAUCAAUGGGAAAUGCCUAUGAGGAAGAAACUGGGAGAAGAGAAAGAAGGCUCUGAGGAAAUGACUGUUAAGAAAGGAAGGAACCAGAAGGUACUUAGAGAAAACAUCAAUCCAAACUCAAAACAACUCCUAUGUAAUAGAAGUCCUACAGAAAAGAAACUCCACGACUGUGCCAAAUGUAGAAAAAAUUUUAGUUGGCAUUCAGAUCUAAUUCUCCAUGAGCGAAUUCAUUCUGAUGAAAAACCCCAUGCCUGUAAUGAGUGUGGUAAAGCAUUCAAGACCAGAAAUCAGCUUUCUAUGCACCAGAUAAUCCAUACAGGGGAAAAACCUUUCAACUGUGCCCAGUGUGGGAAGGCCUUCAAUAGUAGGUCAGCUCUUUGCUGCCAUAAAAAAAUCCACAGCCGGGAGAAGCCUCAUGAGUGCAGUGACUGUGGGAAAGCUUUCAAGACCAAGAACUGUCUCAGUAUGCAUCAGAUCAUCCACACUGCGGAGAAGCCUUAUGAAUGUAACGACUGUGGUAAGGCCUUCCAGUUCAGGCAUUCUCUUACCAUCCAUGGCAGAAUCCACACUGGGGAGAAACCAUACGAAUGUGAGGAGUGUGGGAAGGCCUUCAGCGGGAGCUCAGAUCUCACCAAACACACAAGAAUCCACACUGGUGAGCGACCUUAUGAGUGCAACGAGUGUGGGAGGGCUUUCAUUCGGAGCUCAGACCUAAGCAAACACAAAAAAGUCCACACUCGGGAGAAAAACUAUGGGUGUCCUCAGUGUGAGAAAGCCUUCAGUAUCAAGGCAGAGCUCACCAAACAUAGAAGAAUCCACACUGAAGAGAAACCUUACAAGUGUAAGGAGUGUGGGAAAGCCUUUCGUCAUAACUGUAAACGCAGGGCUCAUGAACGAGAACACAGUGGGGAGAAGCCCUAUCAAUGUGGGGAAUGUGGGAAAACUUUCCAGGAUCGGCACUGCCUUACCAUCCAUCAAAGAAUCCACACUGGAGAGAAACCUUACAAAUGUUCAAAGUGUGGUAAGGCUUUCAGUGGGAAGUCAAACUUGACCAAUCAUCAGAGAAUUCACACUGGAGAGAAACCUUACAUAUGUGAGGUAUGUGGAAAAGCCUUUCAUCAUAGUUCAGUCUUGAGGCAGCACAAAAGAAUCCACACUGGUGAGAAGCCAUAUACCUGCAAUGAAUGUGGUGCGUCUUUCCGACAGUGCUCAGCUCUAAUUGGACAUCAGAGAGUUCAUACUGGGGAGAAACCUUAUGAAUGUGAGGAAUGUGGAAAAGCUUUCAGAGUAAGCUCAAAUCUUACUGGACAUAAAAAAAGAAAACAUAGAGUGUGGAGAUCCCAUGAACUUGAUGAGUAG